CUUAGAGAGAGUUUACAAUGUUAUAAUGGGUAAAUUCAAUGGGACUAUAGUUAUUAUUACCGUAAUAAGAAAAGUAUUGUAUUGAACAAAAAAGUGGACAAAGUACUGGAAUCACUUCAGAUUCACGAUUAUGAUUUGAGAAGAUGCAAUUGAAGCUCAAGUUUGUCGCCAUUACGAGAGCAGUGUUUUGCCUAAUUUGUAUUGUUUCAUCAGCCAAGAGCCAACCCCAAUGGGAUCUUAGCGAUUUGGACAUCCGUCUAGCGGAUGGUAACAGUGUUCUUGAUGGCCGAGUGGAAAGACGAAUUAACGGCGUCUGGGGUACAGUUUGUAACAAUGUCUUUGACAUUAAAGACGCACAAGUCAUCUGCACUAUGCUGUCGGGAAAUUUGACAGCACUACAGGUGAUAAGGGACGGACGGUACGGGCAAGGACAGGGUCCAAUAUUCUACGAUCGACUCGGUUGUUCUGGAACAGAGUUGUCCAUAGACGACUGCUACAGCAUAACGGGUGAACAAUGUUUGCAUAACCAGGACGUAGCCAUUGUUUGUUCUGGUAAUAGUUGUUCAGUCUUUUGUGCUUCAGAUAGAACUGAAUGA